GAUGCCUUCGCUCAGGGGCAGAGCCGCCUCACAUCCCGCUCCAUCUUGAAGGUUUAGGUAUAAUAAGCUUAAAGCCGUUGUGCGCAUCAGCGGGCGCUGCCGUAAGAAGGGUUUAACGUGCUUUUAUGUACGCUGAUCCAGUGGCCUGGUUCAAAAUUACCUGAACGUCUCCGCGUAGGCACGCCUUGGAAAAACGAGGGGAAAACAGACAGAUGCUUGUGAAUGCCCCAUGGCGGCAGCUACCUCUGUUCAUUCAUUUAUUCCCCACUGUAACUUGGAAGCAUUCUUUAGGUCAGUUCAUCUUCUGGGACCCCUCUCUGCCUUCUGGUUAAGGAAUCCAUGCACACAUACAGGAUGACUCAUCAGUGGGAUGGAUGUUCAGACACAGAAAGGUGCUGGUAACUUGACAGGAACUUCCACAUUCUUUGGAGAAUUCUGCAAUAUAGAAUAUUAAAUAGACAGAACAUUCCGAAGUUGUCUGUUCUAACAGGAUAUAGCAGCAAGGACAAGAUAUGGCCGCUUUAAUCAACAACAGCCUAGGUACUAUAUACACCGUGUAUAUCUUGUCACGUCUCCUGAUGCUUCUGAAAUGGAUAUGCUACAUCUUGUCUACAGCCUGGUCUGCAGGAGACCUUCUGUACUAAUAACUGACAGGCAACUGCAUGGUUUGAAUACACUGGAUCGCUCCAGUACCUGAGGCUGAUUACAUUCAUGAUGAAGAGAGCUAGGCAGAAGGUUCUGGUAGAAAAUGAAGCUGCUCAAGCAUCACAGCAAAACAAGAAACAGAGGACUUGUUUCCGUGGAUCACCAUUUGGUGACUCCAACUUGCAUGCCUCGGAUUGGGGAAGCCUUCCGCACCAUGUUAUUCUCCGUAUUUUUCAGUUUCUACCGUUAGUAGAUCGAGCUAAGGCAUCUUCUGUUUGUCGAAGGUGGAAUGAAAUUUUUCAUGUCCCAGAUCUCUGGAGGAAGUUUGAAUUUGAACUUAACCAGCCAGCUACUUCUUACUUAAAGUCUACUCAUCCUGAUCUCAUUCAGCAGAUUAUCAAGAGGCAUGCUGAUCAUCUGCAGUACGUCAGCUUCAAGGUUGAUAGUAGUACUGAGUCAGCAGAAGCAGCCUGUGACAUUCUUUCUCAGUUGGUGAACUGUUCUAUCAAGACACUGGGUUUGAUUUCUACAGCUAAACCAAGCUUCAUGAAUGUCUCUAAGGCUCAUUUUACUUCAGCACUGACGGUAGUUUUUGUAAACUCCAAGUCAUUAUCAUCAAUCAAGAUAGAUGACACACCAGUUGAUGAUCCUUCCUUGAAGGUUCUUGUUGCUAACAAUAGUGAUACUCUAAAACUACUAAAAAUGAGCAGUUGUCCUCAUGUAUCACCUGCAGGAAUUCUUUGCGUCGCUGACCAGUGUCAUGGACUUAAGGAGCUGGCUUUGAACUACUACAUUUUAAGUGAUGAACUGCUGCUGGCUCUUUCGAGUGAAAAACAUGUUGAUCUUGAACACCUGCGGAUAGAUGUUGUGAGUGAAAAUCCUGGACAAGUUGAAUUUCAUACUAUUAAAAAGCAAAGCUGGGAUGCUUUUGUUAAACACUCCCCCAAAGUCAACAUUGUGAUGUAUUUUUUCUUAUAUGAAGAAGAAUUCGAUGCUUUCUUCAGAGAGGAAACCCCUGUUACACACCUUUACUUUGGUCGUGCAGUAAGCAAAGCAAUGUUAGGUCGUAUUGGCCUGAAUUGCCCAAGGUUGAUUGAGCUGGUUGUGUGUGCUAAUGGACUUCAGCCUUUGGAUGACGAACUUAUUCGGAUUGCUGAGCGCUGCAAAAACUUAACAGCAAUGGGUCUUGGUGAAUGUGAAGUAACUUGUAGGGGUUUUAUUGAAUUUGUAAAGAUGUGUGGAGGCAGGCUCACCCAGCUUUCUAUAAUGGAGGAGGUAUUGAUUCCAGAUAACGAUUAUAACUUAGAUCAACUUCAUUCUGAAGUCUCCAAGCACCUUGGAAGAAUGUGGUUUCCUGAUAUGAUGCCAACAUGGUGAACUGUCUACAUCUGUGGAUAAACUUGUAGAAUCAGGGUGUUGCUCUCUAUGCAAAUAAGGAACUUGAAAAUGAAAUAUGAAAACUAUUUCCAGACUUCAGUUUCUCUUCCUUGAGAACCUCUAAUGAGGCAACAGCAAAUCAUUCAAGAAUGUUAAUGUUACAGUGAAAUAGAAAUUAAGUGUACUUAACAGUAGACACUCUUUUUGAAGUAUGUCCAUGGUUUAUAGGCACUCUUUAACUUCAGUUAAAUUAGGCCUCUCUGAUUUAGCUUCAGUUUAAUUGUUCCAUUCGAGUUAAACUUUUCUGUGUGUUUUUGCUUAGUCUUUCUGAUGUAGUCAGCCCUUGAGCAAAUCUUGCUUUAGGGGGAGCUGGAUAAAACUUGGGAGUUUGGGAUAACUGUAUUGUUUGCCAUGAUAUUUUAUGCUGCAGGCUUUCAAAGUAUUCUUGCUAAAGUAUAAAGAGUAACCUGGACUAGUGUAAGUAUUUUGAUUUAGCUUAAACCCACUUCAUGUCAGUACAUCAAAGUGGUGUGGUAAAUAAUAAGUUUAUGCCCGCCAAAAACUCUUCUGUUUUUAAAUUGCACUUUAAGUCAUUUUAUAAGAUUAGCUGAAUUUUAGAGACAGUGUUAUAGAGUAUGUGGUUUUUCUAUCUUAUGCACUUAAGUGGUUGGGAAAGAGACCUUGUUAAAAUUAAUUUUAAAGUUUGAAUCUAGGUGGAUUACUUAGCUCAAUGGCAAAGCACCCUAGAAACUGCCAGAAUGGAAGGAAUAGCUUUUGCAUUUGAGAGAGUUGAGAGAGUCUGUUAUGAAAACUUAUGUCCGAUUACUGUUCCAUGCUUCUAGUAUUAGGAGAUUAAAAGGAUUUCAUAAUAAUGGCCAGUUCGAAGGAAGGAUCGAAAGGAAAACAGUCGCCUUCAGUCGCUUCCUACCUGGAAUCAAGGGUUUAGAGCGCUUUCGAAGCUUUUUUGCCAUUUAGAGGCCUCAGUGAUCUGUAGUAACUUUGCCUGAGUUUGCCACAGUUCUCACAGAACUGUGCUGUAAGCCCAGAUUCAUAGAGCGUGUGUUGCUGGUUCCUGAAACUUGUGGUUCAGGAAGGAUUAUACGACUGUUUAGUACUUGUUGCUCUUAGUUGUUUUUUUGAGAUGGAAGAUUGUAUUUCUUGCUUGUGGGCAAUGGAAAGGGAGGGGGAGUUGAUGCAAACUAGAGUAUGUAUGUUUGUGAUGACACUUUGCACACUGUAAACUAAAAUGCAUUGUAUACAAAUAUUACUGUAAUUUUACUGCUGUAGUUGAUCUGUCUUCCCGUUUGUAAUGAGAUGUGUACAUUUGAUGAAUAGUGAUAUGUCACAUUAACUAUAAUGUCAGAUAGGUUUUUUGUACAGUUAAAUGUCUUUUCUACAAAAACAGCUGCUGUGUCUGCCAUUAUCGUGGACAGAAUGGUUCUAUGACUUGUUCACAACUAUAAGCUAGAGGAAUUUACCAAGAUGAUAAUGCACGCCUGAAUCAGUAAAGCGUUUUUGCCUGUUGCAAAACUAUGGGGGAGGGGGAUUGGGAGGCCAAAAAAAGGCAGCUGACUAGUUACUAGCACUUACUAGCCAAGCACUUGCUUCCAUAAUCAAGGGGGUUAUAAUUUACUUUUGAACACAAAACUGAAUUAUUUCCAGACAGUAUUUGGUUUAAGAUGCUCAUGCUUUACUUUACUUGUAAACUUAAUAAAGUGAUCCAUUGUCUACAUUGAUAUUAGA